UGGAGGUUUCACCAUCGUUGCCUAGCAACCCGCCUCCGCUUGUACGUUGCCAGCCCGGCUCCAGACGUUCAGCGCUGCUGAUGCUGCAUUAUUAAUGAUGCCACAGACACUAAACCUGUCCGAGAAACCAUAUAUCAAGAAAGAAAGAGACAGAAAUACUGCAGCUAGUUGCAAGAUGAUGCCAAGAUCACUGGCUGUGGAUCGGAUCAACUUUAAACUAAUGUCGCACUGCUGAAGGACCAGUUCAAAACCCGAGCGAAGACAAAGUGUCCAUGGAGGGGGAACCUGAGGAUUCAGAUGAGGAUGUUCAGGGAGAUGAAAAGCCCACAGUGUUCUGGGAGAAGAGCAUUCAGCAGAGCAUCUUUGUUGACCUGAGUGAGGAUGAAAGUCUGCACCUCAGUGAUUUGGAGAGUUCUUUAGCCUUUCACCUGUCCCAGGCCGAGUCUGCUGCCUCCGAGGCCAGCAUACAUCUCAGUGGGAGCGCUGAACUGUUAGCCUUUGAUGUCACCUCCUCAGAGUCCAGUGUUAUCAGCAGUCAGAGUGAGAAGGUGGUAGAGAGCAAGACCAAGAGCAGCAUAUUGCAUGUGUCUGCCCAAAGACCAAACACCAUGCAAGAUGAGCAUACCUUAAAGCAUGAGGGCCCAGGGCAAGAUACCAGUGACGAGGAUCAGGAGGACUUACCUUAUGAUGGUGACCUCGUAAGCCGCUAUUUCAACCAAACAGCUAACUCUGAAGGCAAUAUGAGCUCUGAGGGCAAUAUGAGCUCUGAGGGAAGAGACACAGCUCAGGCAAGUCCUGAUGUUCCUGGUUUGUUUGAAUGUAAUACAAGGGAUAGAGAUGAUAUUAUUGAAGGAUUGGUUUCUGUUGAGCGUAACGCUGAGCAACAAGAAACUUUGUCGCAAGAAGAUCCCGACACCGAACGGCACAAACGUUUUGCUUCUUCCAAGCCAAGUGAGGCUGCUCCACCAUGCCCUUGUCCUUCAGAUAUAAACCAGUUGUUGCUGCGACACUUCUCCCAGGAGGAGUUGCUGCGACCAGGACGGCUGAUCGAGGCGGAGACCCUGCCGGAGGUGUCCCUGCUGGAGAGCGUGGAUGACACUGUUUUUAGCUGGCGUCCAACACACUACAGCACAAUAAUUAAUAGUCACCACUCAGAGAGCCUUGCUGGUAAUUCUGAGAUGAAUCAGAGUUUCUGCUCCGACAGGACUGGUGAGAAGAGUGCAUCAACAAAUUCAAGUUUAGAGGAAGAAGCAGGAAGGGAAAUGGACAGCAGUUGGGAUACAAGUGCCGUAGAUGUAGAGAGGCAGGAAAAGGCCGAAGAGGAUGAUCAGGUUCAGAGAGGCCCACUUGUGCGCACCAGGUCCUUCAGCGACAUUAAGUAUGGCCAAGGCCAAGUCCACUACCCACUCCCUGACUUCUCCAAGGUUGCCCCCAAGGUGAAAAUCCCUAAAGCUCCAAGCGGACCAGCCAGACCUGUUCCUCAGAGCCCCAGCACCAUGCACAGAGCCCAGUCCUCUCCGGGGAUGUUAGAUUUGAUCAACAGAGUCCUGGAGGAUUCAGUCCAGCCAUCAGAGAAGCCCUAUGUCUUCAAAGAAGAGCACAAACAGACUGCUCCAGCACUGGUGCAUCACCUGCAGGCUGAAUAUGAUAAAUUACUAACCAAAUAUGCUGAAGCAGAGAACCUUAUAGAUCAAAUGAGAAUAGGAGCCAACGCGCAGCCCUCCUCAGAACUGAUGCUGUUUUUACAGUGUGAGGAUGAUCAUCUGGGAAGUUUAGUUGAGGGAAGCCAUCUUGGAUCCGUGGCUCCUCCCCUUCCCCCGUCAGCAAACUUUAGUGAGAAAAGAGAAACAACCCCCCACAACAACAUUAAGGAGGGGAACACAACUCCCUCCAGCCAGCCUGAGGAGGGUCCCAGUGAUGGGGAAAGAAUGACUGCUGAGCUGAGAGACAUCAUCAGCCAUUUCAUGCAGAAGGUGGAAGAAUUAAAAUUGAGCGUGAGCAACAUGUCAGCGAGCACAUCAGAACAUCAAAUGAUGUUGAGGAGCAUUAUGGAGGCUCAGGACCAACUGGAGAGAAAAUACAUCAGUAAGAAGGAGGAGCACAGAGCUCUGGAGAUGCAAAACUACAUGGGCCUGUGCAGGAACACUGGCACCUUUGACCCAAACAGGCUAGUGGAGGGAGACAUAUUCAGGAUAGGGAUGCACCUUGAGGACAUAAAGGAGAUGAUAGACAAAAACGUGUGUGAGCAGAUUUCUCCACCCCACUCAUCCUCCACUCCCACGCACAUGAAAGAGAUGCUGCAUGUGAAGCCCAGUCCUCUCUGCAUGCCCACACCCUCACCUCCACCAUCCCUGCAUGAGAGGCCAAGUGCAGAUUUUUCCACUUUGGCUUACAAGAUGGAGGCACAGAAAGAGGAAGAAGAAGAGGAGGAAGUGGAGGAGGCCAGUGAUGUCCAUGAAGAUGAAGCAUUACAGCAAAGCAGUGAACUCAUAACAACUCACUCUUUACUGAAAAAUACUGAACACAGCUCCUGCCAUAAAAGGAGCUCACUGGGCUCUCUGGAGGGACUGGAAAUCCAGACAGCUGAAGCUGAAGAAGAGAGGAGCUGUGUCUCCUCAGAGGCGAGAGAUCACAGUAACAUCUUAGCACACCUGAGUGGAAGCAUCUCGUCCUCAAGACUGAAGCAGUGGACACCCGACAGUUGCAGCACCCCGGAUAGUGUCUUGCACCCAGCUGAUGAAUGUGAUCUUGGUGAGAAUGUGAGUCUGGCUGUGGAGGUCUCCUCUUCCUCUGAUGCACCCAGACACUCAGAGCCUCCUCUCAACACCUCAUCUGUAUCACAGAGGAUUGUUAGCCCAGAGACAGACAGUGGAUUUGGGAGCUCAUACUUGAAUCAAUCAGCCUCCGGACCGUUUCAACCAAAUCUGCUCACAGAGAGUGUGCAGUCUCAGAAUGAUGGUUUGAGUAGCUCAGACAGCGAGGGCUCCAACCUGCAGACAGCCAUUCACCCGGCCACCCAGCGGUGGGCCAGUCCCCACCCAUCUGUCCAAACACAGUGUCUUAUAGCAGUGGCUGUGGAGCGCUGGGUGGAGAGCACCACUAAAGAGCCUUCAGUCAGGCUGCAGGGAUCUGAACACAGCCUGCCUGCCCUGCUCCAUCACCACGCAUCUGAACCCGCUCUCAGCAUCACCAUGGAUACAGAAGAGAGAGGAAGCCCACUGGACUCCUGCUCUUGUAAUAGUGAGGCGAUCCUGGCCUUGCAGUCCGAGGUAUCCCGGCUGAAGAAGGACCUGGAGGAAGGCUUGGUCCAGCUGCCUCACCUAGCACAGAAGAUGGACUAUCUCUCCUCCAAAUACAGGCAGAAUCGUCAGGAGCGCAAGUCUAAAACCAGACCCCAGACCCACCACAGACCAGCCUGCAACAGUGUGUGGAAGCCUUCAAGUAGCACACACAAUUUGAGCGAUCUCAGUUCCAGUCAGAAGAGGAUAGAGGACUGGAUCUCUUCAGACAUGGACCCCAGCAAGAGCAAAGAUACAGACACUGGUGACACAGCUGGCUCUGAGAUUGUGUUGCAGUGCCACAAUUCACUAGUAGGGAGCAGGAGAGGCAGCUGUAAUGUGCACUCUGCACCUGAGUUUCAAUAUAAACUUCAUGAGGCGCUGCAAUCCAACAGAGGGUCAGAGGGAAAUGGGAAGGCUUCUGACAGCCAUGCCAAGCAAAGACCACAAAUGCUUCUCAUGUUUCCGCGGUCAGCAGCCAUCAUGGAGAGUUUUCACUCGAAGGAGAGGUGGUCUCUUCUCUCCUCUCCGUCUCUUCAGAAGCCCCUUCUCCAGGUCAGCUACGGCUCCUCCUGCAGCCUGCCUGCAAGCUACAAAGUGAGGGAGCCACCGCUGCACACCAUGUCCCAUCACAGAAAGCGCUCCACCCAGUCAGACACGGCACUCCUGCCCAGUAAUGUGUACUUCCAGCGGACACCGUCCCCAGCAUCAGUGCCGCCAAAGACUGGCAGCAGGACAGGCAGACGCAGAAGGAGCAAGGAGGAAGAAAUGAAUAGAACUCUAGAGCAGGCUAUUGAGGUGGCCCGCAGCAUGAAGAGGACCACCGACAGAAUGGCCAUGAGACUGUCAGCUGACCUGGCUGAGGCUCAUCUCCACAGGAAACUGCGCAGCCAGCAGCCAGCAGGGGGCAGGAAACACCAUCAUAACAAGCAGAGUACAGAUCAGUUCACGCUGUAAUCAUCAAUCUGCACUAUGACACCUGAUGUAGAAUAUAUCUUUGUUGGAUUAUAAAUUAUUUAAGGACCUGUUUGUGUUAAGAUAUUGUUUUUUUCUACAUGGUUGUAUGUUUGUGUAUUUAUACAUAGAAACGUUUGA